AUGGCGGAGCAUGAUGGAAACUCGGUAACUGGAGGGUUGAGUCCUCGAUUACCCCGCCGUGCCUCCUCGAGAUCGCCACUGAGAGACAGCAUUCUCGGAACAGACACUGGAGAAAGAGAAGAUAGUGAGAAUGUUCUGCUUCAAGAUGCUGGAGCGCGCAAUGAUGCCGAUCCUGGAAGACCAGUGGAAAGUGGGGAUGGCGGUGGAGAUGGCAGUGGGGAUGACGGUGGGGAUGGGAGACAUCCCAAUACUCCAGGGCGUGUGCAUGCUUCACUGGAUACUCCUAGACCUGCGCUGCUGAAUUUGGAUAUGUCCCAUCGGAGACCGUCACAGGCUCGUGUCCGCUUUUCAACAGAGCUAGAGCGAACUCCGGAUACUAGUGCUCAGAGCCUGGUACGAGAAUUUCCUGCUGGGGCCGGAGGGGACGGCCGAAGGCGUGCCCCUGGCUUGGGACUGACAUUGGACACAUCCUCCACGACUUCACUAUCAGAUCCACGACGCAUCUCCUCGCAAAGCGCUGGUGAGACUAUAUCGCCACGCUCAUCUGCAGACGCUGUCUCGCCCUUACAUGGUGUUCCUCCCAUCUCUCCCAUCUCUCGAAGUCGGAGCUACUCGCUGCGACGAUCUCUCUUUACUCGGAACAUUGCCAGCCAAUCAGAGGAGGAUGGGACGAAUAUUGAAUUAGACCAGGAGCUGCCAUCUGGAAGUGAGGCUCUGUCACGGGUCUCUUCUAGGCAACAACAACACCUACAUCCGGAGAAGACCAAUCCAGAAGUCCUUGUCCCAGCCCCAGCUAGCACUAAGGAUGAAGAAUCCACCACAUUCACCGACCCGAAAGACCUAUUAAUGGAAAAGUUGCCAUACUCUGUCAGGGCUGCCGCAUCCAAAGUGCGUUCCACGCCUGAAUUCGCGCUGGGCCGACUGAAGUAUUUUACAGGUGUUUUUCGCAAAUAUGUCCUGCGCAUCAAAGAAAUCCCCCCUAGCAAGGAUGGCCGACAUAUCGAUCUUAACGUACGGCGGCAAUACCCUCUCAUCGACGAGCGGACGGGAAGACAGUAUGUCAGCAAUCACAUACGGUCUAGCCGAUAUAGUGCGUGGAGCUUCUUCCCACGACAAUUGGUAGCGCAAUUUUCCAAGUUUGCGAAUUUCUAUUUCCUAGUCGUUUCGAUUUUACAAUUGAUACCAGGUCUGAGUACCACAGGCACUUUCACCACGUUCGUUCCGCUGAUGGUUUUCGUUGGUAUUUCUAUGGGGAAGGAGGGGAUUGAUGAUCUACGCCGAUACCGAUUAGACAAGGAGGAGAACAAUCGUAUCGCCUACAUUCUUCGGCCCCGCAACAGCUAUAAGGGUAAUAACGGAGCCUUGGAACCCAAGAAUUCUAAGGACACCGAGUCUGAGUUAAACAGUAAUGGUGGGGAAUACUGGGCUCCGACGAAAUGGGUCGACAUUCAGGUGGGCGAUGUAAUCAAGCUAUCGCGCGAUCAACCGGCUCCUGCCGAUCUCGUCCUUCUCCAUGCCGAAAAUGUGAACAACAUCGCAUACAUCGAGACCAUGGCGCUGGACGGCGAGACAAACCUGAAGAGCAAGCAGCCCUGCCCUCCCGUCGCAAAGACAUGCAGGACAGCAGAAGAUAUCCUCCACAAUACAUCCAUUCACUUCACGGUCGAAGAUCCCAACAUCGAUCUCUAUAAAUUCGACGGCAACGUCACUGUGGGCCAGGAGAAAUUACCCCUGACCAAUUCAGAGGUGAUAUACCGCGGUAGCAUCCUGCGGAAUACCCACGAAGCAUUCGGGAUGGUCAUAUACACGGGUGAAGAGUGCAAGAUACGCAUGAACGCCAAUAAAAACCCGCGCAUAAAGGCGCCCGCGCUACAGACGGUGGUGAACCGCGUUGUCGCGGUUAUUGUUCUGUUCGUCGUCGUCCUUGCCUCCGCGUGUACGAUUGCGUAUAAGUUCUGGUCACGAGAAGUGGAGGAUAAGUCGUGGUAUCUGGAGCAUGCAGAUGUGUCGUAUGGGCCGAUUUUCACGUCGUUUCUGAUUAUGUUUAAUACCAUGAUACCUAUAUCGCUUUAUGUCAGUUUGGAGAUUAUUAAGGUUGCGCAGAUAUUUUUGUUGAACGAUAUUGAUAUGUAUGAUGAGGCGUCGGAUACGCCGUUGGAGGCGAGGACUUCGACGAUUAAUGAGGAGUUGGGGCAGGUUAGUUACAUAUUUUCCGACAAAACAGGCACGUUGACGGAUAACUCCAUGAAGUUCCGUAAAAUGAGCGUUGCAGGCACUGCAUGGCUUCAUGAUACAGAUUUACAAGAGGAAGCUGCCCGAGAGGCAGAUCGCAAGAUGCUUCUACAUAAAAAGCGCCUCUCCAGAGGGAAAAGGGUCUCCUCGUGGAAAUCAGCCACAGAUGACGUAGCCAGGAAGUCCGGCGUUUCAACUUACAGAUGCGAUGAAGCCUCAUCCCCCGCCCCCACCCGCUGGAGGUCAAACAGGAGAGGCAGAGCCCACUAUGGAGGGCGGACUGUGGAGAUGCUAGAGUAUAUACAGCAGAGACCACAUACGAUGUUUGCGCGCAAGGUGAAAUUCUUCAUCCUGGCCCUCGCCCUGUGCCACACGUGCUUUCCAGAACGUGACAGCGACGGCAAUAUUUCGUUCCAGGCUGCAUCCCCAGAUGAAGCUGCUUUGAUCGUUGCCGCGAAGGAAAUGGGCUAUUUAGUCGUGGAUAGACAGCCCAACACACUUACCAUCCGACUCACCUCAGCAGGACAAGACGGAGAAGGUGCUAUUGAAGAAGUCUAUGAGAUUUUAGACGUCAUUGAGUUUUCCAGUGCGCGGAAACGGAUGUCCAUUGUUGUCCGUAUGCCAGAUCGGCGUAUUUGUAUCUUCUGCAAGGGUGCAGAUUCCGCACUUAUAAGCCUUCUAAGACGGUCGCGUCUUGCGGCGGAAAAAGUUGCGGAAAUCGAAACCCGUGCCAACCGUAGGAAGUCUCUUGAGGCUAAAGAGGUUAUGAGACGGAAUAGCGAAUACGUGCAUCGCAAGGACAGCAUGCGGGCUAGCAUGAGUAUUGGCCGUCCUAGCUUUGCUACUGUUCGGCGGUCUAGUGUUUCAGGGAAAAUGCAUCCGUCAUUACGGGACAGUAUCAGUGUUUGGCUCCGUGAUCGGGAGACGGAUGGCGGUUUGGAGCUGAGAGAUGAUGAGGACGACCACUAUUAUAGUCCACGACCAUCUGCCCAAUUUACCCCGCGAACAUCUGGAGUGCUUUCGGAGUCUCGCCCGUCGUUUCAGAUGGAUGAUAGCGAGGAAUUGGUCGAGGAGGCGUUGGUGGUUAAUGAGGCGAUGGUUUUCGAGAGAUGUUUCCAGCAUUUGAAUGACUUCGCGACGGAGGGAUUGCGAACACUAUUGUAUGGGUAUCGCUUUAUUGAUGAGGAAGAAUAUCAGAAGUGGAAAGCCGUCUACCAUGAGGCGACGACGAGCUUGGUGGAUAGGCAGGAGAAGAUCGAAAGGGCCGGGGAGCUGAUUGAGGCACAGCUGGAGCUCGUUGGUGCCACUGCUAUUGAAGAUAAGCUGCAAAAGGGUGUCCCUGAAGCGAUUGAUAAACUGCGACGUGCCAAUAUUAAACUUUGGAUGCUUACUGGGGAUAAGCGGGAGACGGCGAUAAAUAUCGGUCAUUCUUGUCGGUUGGUGAAGGACUAUUCUACAGUGACGAUUUUGGAUCAUGAUGCUGGUGAUGUUGAGCGGACGAUCUUGGAAACGACGAGUGAGAUUUUGAAAGGGGGUUCUGCCCAUUCCGUGGUUGUGGUGGAUGGGCAGACGCUGUCGAUUAUCGAGGCAGAUGCGAUACUUCAGGAGCGCUUUUUUAAUCUAGCAAUUCUAGCGGACUCUGUCAUCUGUUGUCGUGCUAGUCCCAAGCAGAAGGCGUUCCUUGUCCAAUCGAUUCGGAAGCGGGUCAAGAAAUCAAUCACACUUGCGAUUGGCGACGGUGCCAAUGAUAUCGCCAUGAUCCAGGAAGCGCACGUGGGGAUUGGCAUCACCGGCAAGGAAGGUUUGCAAGCCGCUAGGAUAUCCGACUACUCAAUUGCACAGUUUAGAUUCCUGGUCAAACUCCUCCUCGUCCAUGGCCGCUGGAACUACAUCCGUGUAUGCAAAUAUACCCUAGGCACGUUCUGGAAAGAAACCAUCUUCUACCUGACCCAAGCCCUCUACCAGCGUUGGAAUGGCUACACGGGGACCAGUCUCUACGAACCCUGGUCUUUAAGCAUGUUCAACACCCUCUUCACCUCCCUCCCCGUCAUCUUCCUCGGAAUUUUCGAAAAAGACCUCGCAGCCUCUACCCUCCUUGCUGUCCCGGAACUGUACACCAAAGGCCAACGCAACGGUGGCUUCAACGUCAAACUUUACGUGGGCUGGGCCUUCAUGGGCAGCUGUGAAGCCAUGAUUGUCUACUUCAUCAUGUACAGCCUCUUCGGCCGCGCAUUGUUUACCCUAGACAACGGUGUCUUCGCCAUGGGCUUGCUCACCUACACCGCCUGCAUAAUAAUCAUCAAUCUCAAACUACAACUGCUCGAAAUUCGCUACCGCACAGUCAUGGCAGCUAUAUCUAUCAUCCUCUCUGUCAACACUUGGUUCGUCUGGAACUUAAUUUUCUCAGCCCGUUACAAGAUCAACGCAAUCUACAACGUCCGCGACAACUUCGUGUCACGCACGGGCCGCAACCUGCCCUGGUGGGUGACCCUCUUCCUCAUCGUGAUGACCGUGAUUCUCUUCGAAAUAUCCGUGACAGCAUUGCGUGUUACCCUUUUCCCGACCGAUGUAGACUAUUUCCAGGAGUAUGAGCAGGAUUUGGAUGUUCGGAAGCGGUUUGAGGAGGCGGCGGCGUUGGAGUUGCAGCAGGGGUGGGAUCGGGGGACGAAGAAAUCGAGCUUGGAGGUCUUGAGGGAGGCGGAGAUUGAUGCGGAGAGGGAGAUGCAGGUGCAGGAGUUGCUGGAUCGGAGGGCAACGGUGGUGGAAGGGGAAGCAGUUGGUGGGCAUUCCGGAAAUUCUGGAAGUGGCCGUGGCUAUGGUAGUGGACGUCGAUAUGGUCUGGGGAAAGAAGGGAAGAAGCAUCAUAAUGAUGUUCAGAUGGAAGAGGCGGACUUGGGAAAUAAUCGGCCCUCUAUGAAUGGGUAG